UCACAUCCCAACAUUAAAAGUCAUCUGCGCAGUUUUUAUUUGCCCUUGAACUGGUCAUUGCCUGGUGAGAUGUAAAAUUAAAUGGGAUAACAAAUUAGGCAAAAUCGUUCCGAAUUGAAAAACGUAGCGGUGAGACAUUCAGAUUCUGGCUGUCUGUUACACGCUAAGAAAACAGGGUCAUAAAUAGGUAACAGUGAGAGAUACUCGGUUGCUAAGUGACUAUGUAGCUCCUUGGAUACAGGUCACUGUGGAUGCUGAGGUGAGUGGGCGCUGGGCUCAGAGCCCGGACGCGGCCGCGCAGCCAGAUGCAGAAGAAACAUGGUCACGAGUACGAAGGGCUGGGAGCGCCGAAGCCUCCGUGGCGGGUUAGCCUGGCCGCCCGGAAAACGGGCCUCUACCGGCCUGACCUGCCCACCUUACGCCGCAUGAACAUGGACGACGAAGUCAGCAAACUGCCCAACGAGCACUGCAGGAGCACCACCACAUGCACGGCUGAUGACUUUGCAAGUUCUUCCUUUACCCUAUUUGAUCAUCCAAAACAAACCCAUGCAGCAUUGUUAUUUAACUAUGCUGGAGGAUCACUGACUAUAAGUGACAAAUUUUCUCCUGAUGGAAAACGAUAUACAGUCCCCAGCGUUCAUAUUGAGAAACCCUGGAGCCACUAUAAGCCUUUGAUCACUAAGGCCUCAAAGGAUUGGUCUCGGUUUGUCUCAGAGUGUGGGGAAUUUGUGCUUCCCAAAAGGGACUUCAAAGAUGUACACUUCUCUGGUUAUGCAGUCAGAUAUUUGAAACCCAACAUUACCCAGUCCUGGAAGUAUCACCUUCAAUCAGAGCCAUCGGUUUCCAAAUACGAUCAGAAGCCUAUUCCGUAUGAAACUUGGAAUCGAUAUAGAAGGUUAUCCAGUCCUUUCAGCCGUACUUCCUUCCAGCGACCUUGGUACUAGAGCACAUCGUGGGUUCAGAAGCUAUGAGCCGAAGUUAUCUUCGUGGAAUCUGUUACCACAUUUGCUGCAGGAUCAGGAGCUGAUAAAAUAAUUUCAUAUAAGUAAACAGUUCUCAACCAAUAGUAAGAGCAUAUUUUACUUUUCAUUGAGUAAACUAUAGUGGAAGUGAGCUGGUGCUGGUGCUUUUCUUUAUUGAUCAUGUAUUCCUGUAACCUACUGAUUCACCUCUACUGCACACAGUGAUACAAUGUGCACCUUAUAUCAGAUACAAAUCACUAGACUGAUUUGCACAGCAACCAUUGCAUUAGUGAACAUCAUCAACAACACAUUCUUAUUCUAUCACAGUAUUUGACAGUCUUGAGGCAGGCCAGUAAUAUUGUCAAUCAGUGAUUGUCCUUAGAUGCCUUGCAAGCCAGUGAGCUCAAGAGUCAACUGAGUUGCUGUGCAUUUGGAGUCACAUUUUGACCAGGUAACUGGAGCAGAUUUUCUUUCCUAAAGGACAUUAGUGAACCAGAUUGAUUUUUACUACAGUUGACAUGAUUGCUAUUACUGAGACUAGCUUUCAAUUUCAGAUUUCACAAAUUGAUUUUAAAACUCAUCAGCUUUAUGAGAUUGAAUCUGUGUCCCCUGAAUUUUAGCCUGGGCCUCUGGAUUACUUGGCCAGUGCCAUUUCCACUAUAUCAGCAUCUCCCUAGUUUUAAACGUAAUGGUCUCUGAACAGAAAGGAAUAAAAAUCUUUUGACAGUUGUGGAACUCACAUCAGGGAAUAGUAGCUGAUGUAGUUAUACAGGAGCCUAUUUAGCCCAUGGGUCAGUGCUAAAUCUCUACAAGGAAAACUCAGUAAAUCCAUAAAUUUACCCAGCUUCAAAAUCUCCCCACCCAUGACCUCAUUGCAGGACCAGCACCUCCCCCCGUUAUCCCUGCCUCAUUGAACUGUCCGUCUUCAAUCCCACCUAUCCAAUUCUCCUACCUCACUGACCAAUCCCCCCCGCUGUCUACCUCACUCACCUUUACUAGCUUCAUCCCCGCUUCCUUGACCUGUCCAUCUUCUCUCCCACCUAUCCGCUCGACUAUCUACUGCUAUCACUGCCGCCCCGCCUCUAUUUAUUUCAGAGCCCCCUUCCCUUCUCUCAUUUCUGAAGAAGGGUCCCGACCCGAAAUGUCAGCUUUCCUGCUCCUCUGAUGCUGCCUGGCCUGCUGUGUUCCUCCAGCUGCACACUGUGCUAUCUCAGUAAAUCCCAUAUCCCAAAUCAUUCUCUUCAGAAAAUUAUCCAAUUCCCCAAGAAAGCAAAGACUGAGUCUGCCUCUGCCACACUCUUAGGCUCCAUAAAGUGUGUUUGCUCAUAUCACCUAUGGUUCUAUUGCCAAUCAUCUUAAAUCUGUCUCUUUUGGUUCUCAGCUAUUCUAUUUCUCCCAAUCCACUCUGUCAAAAUAUCUUAUGAUUUUGCAUUCCUUUUUCAAAUCUCUGUUACUCAAUGUUAAGUUUGCUAGGUAGUUGAGACAGUGAAACAAUUUUUGAGGUAGCUAGAUUUGGAUAUAAUGAUUUGCAGGUGCAAAAUGAAAACACUGACAUUGGUUGGACUAAAUGAACUUUUCCAUUUUAUAAUUAUUAUGUUUUUUUCUUAUGGAAAUGGCUUAAUGUCUUGGCAGCUUGUCUUAGGACAGGUGACUUAUUUAUUAAGCCAGACAUCUGAAUGCAUGCAGUCACCUGGGAGUGGGAUCGAAAGCCUGCAGGUCAGAUGGAGGCAUGGGGGAAAUCAGAGACUGGAAGAAGAGGUUGGUGCUUCACUGAGAGAGUCAGGAGAGAGAGGGGUCUCACCACAGUUGCCUAACCUAGCACAUGGAAUUUAACAGAUAAAUGAAAUGGUACGUUCUUCAGGGACCUGACGGUCCUCAUCUGUGUUUAGCUUCCAGACGCUCUUUGCCAUUAUAAAUCUUCUGUAAAUUCCACAUAGUAAAUGGAAAUAAGGCUCAGAGUCUUAUUAUAAUAUUUAAAAUGCCAACCCAUCCCCAUUAUUACACCCUCCACCCCCAACUUCCAGAAACAGGUUGGAUGCUCCCCCUCCUGUCCUAUCCAUUAAAGCUGGAAGUGGGAGAACUGAUGUUGGAAUUCAGAUUGUUAACCCUUUAAACUCCUACCCUGUGUCUCUAUUUUACUAUUGCAGUAAUAAAGGCUAUAAUGAGACAAUGUAUUUAAAGAGUGCAUCACUGGUCGACUAGAUGAGAAACUCAAAAUGCAAAUGUCCUGUAUUAUUUUAGUGACUAUGAAAACAAAUGUAUGUGUCCAGCUUUAAAAUUGUUUGACUUCAAAUGUUUCAACUGACUUAAGCCUUGUCUCACAUGCUGGGAAUCACUAUCAACCAUAAACACAACUGAAAUCCAACACCUUCAAAUUCACUCCCUCCACCACUGGUGUACAGUGGCAGUAUUGUGUACCAUUUUUGAGUUCAGUGCUGUAACUUGCCUAGGGUUCUUUCACAGUAUCUCCCAAAUAUGUAUAAGCUACCAUCACCUAGGAGGAUAAGGACAGCUGUUACAUGGAAAUUGCACACUUCCAAGUUUCCCUCCAAGUUGCAUCAUUCUGUCUUGGAAGUAUAUUGCUAUUCUCUCAAUAUUAUUGGUUCAAAAGCUUGAAACAACAAAGGCUCAAACUGACACAAAAUGGUUGCUGCCAUUCAUGGAAUACCUAGCGCAAUGAUCAAUAGAGGGAAAUAAUAUGGAAAGCUGGUUUAUCGGUAAAGUUGUAUGAUCUUUAAUACAAAUCGGUAAGAAGAACAAAUUAAUCUGCGACAUCACAAGACAUGGGAUGACAAAGGCCGCUGUGUAUAUGCUAUGCCCAGAUAAUAGAAAACAUAUUCUUUAAUUACAACACAAGCACAUAAUGAGAAAAUAGCUCACCAUCAUAAUAGUUUUUCACUUUAAUUUUAGAUCAAAUGUUUAAAUGUUUGAAAUGAAUGGAAUUCAACAAGUUAUGGUUAUUCAUAUAAUAACUGUUAUUGAUCAGUGGUUGUUCAGUGCUGCUAGAUGUUAAAUGUUGAUAUGCAUAGACAAAAGUACCAGUAGUUACAUCAAUCUCAUUUUGCUCUACUGUCAGAAUGACCUGAGUUAUCUGUUGCAUAUUGUGGUUACACUGCAUACUACAUUCAAACGCACAGUAUUGAAGCAAUAUUUGUAUUGAAUUAUUUCAGACUACAUCUAGUCCAGUCUUAACUGAGAUGUUUCAAACAUUGAAUGUCCAUAUGAUUUGCUGCAAUCCUUAUUAAUUAAAUUCACACAUGUAAAUUA